UAACAUCCAGCACUGUGGUGCAUUGUGGGACUUUAUGUAAAACCAACAUGGCGGCCGCCUGCACCCGAACGCUGUGUAAGGUCGGCUGGAAUAUUUUGGAGUCUCCAGCCGUCCGUCGACCCGGUACCGUCUACUCGGUGGGAAAUGUGAGGGCAUACGGUACUGGCGGGACGGCGGUCCGCUCUAAACUGCUCUCCUCUCUGCGGGCAGGAAGAGGCAGGCUGCUGGGCUGUGCCUUUCUGCUCGGUGGAGGUUUGGGUUUAUAUCAGACUGUGAAGUUAAGUGUGCAGCAGUACCUGGCCGAAGAAGAGACCAAGGUGUCAGGGGAAGGUCUGAAGUUGACACUGUACCAAUACAAGACUUGCCCCUUCUGCAGCAAGGUGCGAGCAUUUCUGGACUACCAGGGUCUACCAUAUGAGAUUGUGGAGGUGAACCCUGUGAUGAGGCAGGAAAUCAAGUGGUCGGCCUACAGAAAAGUUCCCAUCCUGAUGGUGAAUGGCAGUGAGCAACUGAAUGACUCGUCUGUCAUCAUCAGCUGCCUCAAGACAUAUUUAAUGAACAAGGAUAAAAGUGUGUCUGACAUCCUUCGCUGCUACCCAGAGCUGAAGUCAGUAAAUGAAAGUGGGAAGGAGGUGACAGAGUACAGCAACAAGUACUGGCUGAUGCUGAGCGAGGCUGAGACAGCAGCAGUUUACCCCGAGAAGGGAAUGCAGAAAGAGGAAAUGAAGUGGCGUCAAUGGGCCGAUGACUGGCUUGUGCAUCUUAUAUCUCCCAAUGUGUACCGAACUACCGGUGAGGCCCUGGCCUCCUUCGACUACAUCGUACGCGAGGGCAAGUUUGGUACUUAUGAAGGUUUCUUUGCCAAAUAUGUUGGCGCUGCGGCCAUGUUUAUCAUCUCUAAAAGGCUGAAAAGUCGACACAACUUGCAGGACGACGUCAGGCAGGAUCUCUACAAAGCCGUCAAUGACUGGGUGGCAGCCAUCGGCAAGAACAGGAAGUUCAUGGGUGGAGAUCAACCCAACCUGGCAGACCUGGCAGUGUUUGGCGUCCUCAGAGUGAUGGAGGGCCUGCAGGCGUUUGAUGACAUGAUGGAGAACACCAAAGUCAAACGCUGGUACAGACGCGUGGAGAGAGCGUCGCUCAAUCAUGAGGGCCGUAACUGAAGUCGAUAUGAGUUGAAGAGGUGAAGAUGACCACAGAACACCAAGCGCCUCCAGGGUCAAAAAGACUGAACAGUAAACCAGACCAUGAACAUCAUCAGGAAACAAGAAGCCCCUCUUUGAUUUGUGGAAAUUUCGGUUUGAGAUCACUAACGGCGUGAUUGAUUUUCUGCACAGCACACAAGUUUAAACCUGUUUGUUUGUAUGAAUGAGUUAACUGCGGACAUAAAUGUAGAUAAAGAGAUCAUACACAUGAAAAUACUGUUGCCUGAUUUAAUUUUACUAUUUAAUGACCAAGCUGCUUUGUGGACGAGCCAACAAGUUUACUGUUCAUUUCAGGGUAUUUUACUCACCUCUACUGGUCAACUUUGGUAACUGCAACUUGCUGUUUUAUUGAUUGGAAACUUCUGGACAGCAUUUCCAGGCCCUGAAUUGGUGUCAGAAAAAUGAUCAACACAAAUAUUUUUCAGUCAUCGUCAUAACCAAAAAAUGUUGUUUUUAGCUGCUCAUAUUUCACAUGCAGUACUGUAUAUUGUUACUUACUUAACUUACUUUGAGAAUGUAGAUCAUUUGAGCAUAGUCUACUUCAGUGGUUCUCAACCAAAGACUGUCUGCUGCCACAAGGAUUCCCAAGUUUAUUGUAUUUUAUAGAAAGUUCAGAUCACUUUAUUUCUUCAUAUUUUGUUCCAGUUUUUUCCCCAUUUUGUAUUCAGGUUUAGCUCUCAACCUCUUCUGUGUGUAAAAAGUGGAACAAAUUGAAAAGAGAAACAGUUGAAGGGUGUACAUUACUUUGUUUUUGGUGAGGAAGAUAAGCACGAGAUUUGAACCCGCUGACUCUCACAUUGCUCAACUAAUUUAUCAUGACACCUUGUUGACCUGGAUAGAAGCUACUUACUUUGAUUUCCUUCUAGGUUUCUGUGUAAACAUGUUACAGAUAUCAUGGGAUCAGGCUAUCUCUGUUGUUGUAUCUUUAUUGUGUAAUUUUUGUGUAACUGAUGCAGGAUCAGUCUGGCAGCAAGGACUCAAUAAGCUCAGCAGCUGGUGUUCCCUUUGAAGUAAAUUCAAAUAACAUGUUUAGAACUUGUUAGCUGCCGGGUUGAAUGUACUUAAUAUGCAAACUGCAGGUCGAUUUCUGAAUUAACUGUAAUAAAACCAAGUCAAUGAG